CGCGAGACUUCCGCGAGACUCUCGCCGCUCGAGCGCCCCGCCCGCUUCCGGUGAUGGCGGCGCGCUAGGCCGCGCGGCUCGGUGGCACCAUGCACUCGGACGACAUUGUCUGGGACACGCUCGGAAACAAGCAGUUCUGCUCCUACAAGAUCAGGACCAAAACCCAGAGCUUCUGCCGCAAUGAGUACAACCUGACUGGGCUGUGCAACCGCUCCUCCUGCCCGCUGGCCAACAGCCAGUAUGCGACUGUCCGUGAGGAGAAGGGCCGAUGCUACCUGUACAUGAAGACCAUAGAGCGUGCUCCUUUUCCCCGUCGGCUGUGGGAGCGGGUCCUGCUGAGCAAGAACUAUGAGAAAGCACUGGAGGAGAUAGACGAGAAUCUCAUCUACUGGCCCCGGUUCAUCCGACACAAAUGCAAGCAGCGGUUCACUAAGAUCACGCAGUACCUCAUCCGCAUCCGGAAGCUGACUCUAAAGAGACAGAGGAAGAUCGUUCCGUUAAGCAGAAAGAUUGAAAGGCGAGAGAAGAGGAGAGAGGAGAAAGCCCUGAUUGCUGCUCAGUUGGAUAAUGCCAUUGAGAAGGAAUUGCUGGAGAGACUGAAGCAGGAUACGUAUGGAGACAUUUACAACUUCCCCAUUCAUGCCUUUGACAAAGCCCUACAGCAGCAGGAUGCAGAAAGCGAGAGCGAGUCUGACAUGGAAAAGGAAGAAGAUGAUGAUGAGGACAAAGAUAAAAGAGAGUUUGUGGAAGGAGAUGACAGUGACCUCAGUGACUUUGAGGACAUGGAUAAGUUAGAGACAAGUAGUGAAGAGGAGCAGGAAGAUGAGGAAGAAAUAGAGAAGGAAGCUUCUCACUCCAAAUCUAAAGGGAAAACUCCUCUGAAAGGACCGACCACAAGAAAACGCCGCUACAUUGAAAUAGAGUAUGAGGAAGAAACAGAGCCAGCCUCCAAAACGAAAGUAUCCUGACUUUCUCCUGAACUUGCAUUUUUUGCUGAGUGACAGAACACCAGAAGGAGACAAGGGUUUCUGUCCUGUGCCCAGGCAAUUGCAACAAGUCUGUACAACUGUUGUAUAGAGUGUGAUUUUAAGAAUACAUCCCCAACUUCCCCACAACCUUGUGAGGCUCAGCUAGGACUGCUCCACAGAAGAACCUGGUCUGGGGACACUGCUGCUUUGUUCUGAUGCUGGAGAAGCCUGCAUGGGGCUAGAAAAGCACUCAAGCAGACUUUGUUUGAGGGGGAGGUAUGAGGCAAAGGAAGAGAAGGAGAAAGUAACUUAAA